AUGUUGAAGUGGAUGAAGUUCUGCUUACAUCUGACUAAACCUGAGCAGCGCAAAGACUCAUACCUGCCCUUGUCGACCAAUCACAGAUCCAGUUCUGUGAACGGCACCUGGGGGCCUGAAGGCGUCACUUUCUUCAUCAUUCAGGGCCUCGCCAACCUUGGCCAGGAAAAGAUAAUUGUUUUUGUCAUCCUGCUUCUUGGUUACAUCAUCAUCCUGGGAGGAAACAGCAUGAUCAUCUACGUGAUCCGUGCUGCUGCUCAUUGCAGGAGCCUGGAGCUUCGGCAUCCUCGGCUCACUGCCAGCCACCUCCAUGACCUGGCAGCGGUCUUACUGCGGCCCAAAUGUGGUGAGGAAUGGCUGGUGCGACCUGUCAGCUGUAAGGCGGCUGAUUCAUACCUGCCCUUGUCGACCAAUCACAGAUCCAGUUCUGCUAACGGCACCUGGGGGCAUGAUGGCGUCACGUUCUUCAUCAUUCAGGGCCUCGUUAACCUUGGCGAGAAAAAGAUGAUCCUUUUUUCGUUCCUGCUUCUGGCUUACAUCAUCAUCCUGGGAGGAAACAGCAUGAUCAUCUAUGUGGCAUUGACUGAUUCGAAGCUCAACUCUCCCAUGUAUUUCUUCCUCUACAAUCUGUCCUUUGUGGACAUCGUCUACACCACCACCACCAUCCCCAACAUGUUAUCCGGCUUCCUGACAGAUGUAAAUGCCAUUUCUGUCACGGGCUGCUUCGUCCAGAUGUAUUGCUUCAUUCAGCUAGCUGUUACCGGCCGUGCCAUCCUGACUGUCAUGGCGUACGACCGCUACAUGGCCAUCUGCAAUCCUCUGCGCUACACUGCCGUCAUGACCCGGCCCACCCGGCUGCUCCUGAUCGCAGGAGCCUGGAGCUUCGGCGCCUUCUGCACGCUACUAGCCACCUCCAUGACCUGGCAGCGGUCUUACUGCGGCCCAAAUGUGGUGAGGAAUGGCUGGUGCGACCCGUCGUCUGUAAGACGGCUGGUGUGCGGCGACACCAGAGCAGAUAACAUUGUGUCCCUUUCCUUCGCCAUGGUGGCACUUCUGACCACAGGAAUCCUCAUCCUCACCUCCUACGUCCUAAUUGGCGUUUCCAUAUCGAGGAUGGGUGUCGGUCAGAGGCUGAAGGCAUUCGGGACGUGUGCCGCUCACCUGACUGUGGUGUCCAUCUCUUAUAGCUCGGCCUCAUGUGUUUACAUCUCCUACCGGGUGGGAAACAUUUCACCAGAGGUUCGUAUCAUUGUGUCUGUGCUGUACUCCGCUCUGACUCCUUUCCUAAACCCGGUGAUUUACAGUCUGAGGAACAAGGAGCUGCGAGAGUCCAUCAGGAGGACUCUGAGCAGGUUCAGACCUGCUGCUGUUUUACCCACAAAAGACGUCAACACAGUGUCUUGACUGGGACAGAAAACCUGCCAAUCUGCUAACUGGACACCCACAAAAUGGAGAGAGAAAAGGCAACUGAACAUCCUGGGGUCUUGAUGUCCAUUUUAGAUUAAAAAACACUGUCUUUCAUAAAAACUAAUAUAUAAAUGUUAUGAUUUUGAAGUUGUAUAUUGUGUCAAUCAUAUGAUAAGUUUGUUCAGCUGUCUAUUUAUUAUCUAUCCUAUUACAUUA